UAUAUAACAAAUAAUUUGAGUAUGACGUCAGAGGAAAGCGAUUUCUUGCGGAGGAAACAGAUCUCUUUAAGGGGACUUCCUGAGAUUGACAGUGUAAAGGAAGUCAUCAAUAACUUCAACAGGCACUUGCACUACACAUGCGCAAAAGACCGCAAUGUUGCGACCAACAAGGAUUUCUACUUUGCUCUGGCAAACACUAUCAUGGACAAACUGAUUGGAAAAUGGAUCAGAACUCAACAAAGUUACCACAAACAGAGUGUAAAGAGAGUGUAUUAUCUCUCUCUGGAAUUCAUGAUGGGGCGGACUCUUAGUAACACUAUGAUAAAUCUCAUGCUCGAGGGUGCGUGUGACGAGGCGCUGUACCAGCUAGGACUUGACAUUGAGGAGUUGGAGAGCGAGGAACCUGAUGCUGGUCUUGGUAAUGGUGGUCUAGGCCGGCUAGCUGCGUGUUUCCUGGACUCGCUGGCUACGCUCGGUUACCCUGCGUAUGGGUACGGUAUACGGUACGAACAUGGGCUCUUCAACCAAGCCAUCGUCAACUGUAACCAGAUAGAGAAACCAGACAGUUGGUUAACGUACGGUAACCCCUGGGAGAAGGCUAGACCUGAAUACACAAUACCUGUUAAGUUCUACGGGCACACUCAGAGAACGGGGGAUCAAGUGGAAUGGGUGGACUACACGACAGUAAUAGCGAUGCCCUACGAUACCCCUAUACCUGGUUACAAGACAAACACAGUUAACACUCUCAGGCUGUGGUCUGCUAAAUCUCCUAAAGACUUCGAUCUUUCUUACUUUAACCACGGUAACUACAUAGACGCCGUCCUGGACCGGAACAUCGCUGAGAAUAUAAGUAGAGUACUUUAUCCUAACGACAACUUCUUCGAGGGUAAGGAGUUGAGACUGAAGCAGGAGUAUUUCAUGGUCGCAGCUACUCUAGUUGACAUUAUCAGAAGAUUUAAAGUUAACAAAGCUUCUAUUCCCGAGUCAAAAGAAGAACUUUACUUGGAUUUUUCUGAGAAGGUAGCGAUACAGUUGAAUGACACUCAUCCCUCGCUGGCUGUACCUGAGCUUAUGAGAAUACUUAUAGACGAGGAGGGACUCAGCUGGGACUCGGCUUGGAAAGUAUGUAAAGGAACGUUCGCCUACACAAACCACACGAUCCUACCAGAAGCGCUGGAACGGUGGCCAGUUACAAUGCUGGAUCACGUGCUACCUCGUCAUUUGGAGAUUAUCUACCUUAUCAACCAUUAUCAUCUGGAGGAAGUGAGAGCUAAAUUCCCUGGCGAUAAUGAGAGGAUUAGUAGAAUGUCAAUUGUUGAAGAAAAUGGAGAAAAGAGGAUAAACAUGGCUUACUUGUCGGUGGUUAGCUGUCACACUGUUAACGGGGUGGCGGCGAUCCACAGUGGGCUCCUCGUUACAUCUCUAUUUAAAGAUUUCUACGAGCUGACACCUGGAAAGUUCCAGAACAAAACGAACGGAAUCACACCGAGGAGAUGGCUAGUCCAGUGUAACCCCUCUCUUUCUCAUCUAAUUACAGAGAAAAUAGGUGACGCCUGGCCGACCAAUUUAUAUCAGCUGGAAAAACUCAAGGAAUUUGUUACAGACAAAACAUUCUUACAAGAGGUAUUCAAGACAAAACAAGGAAACAAGAGGAGGCUAGCCCAAUAUGUAGCUGACAACUAUGGCAUAACUCUGAAUACAGGGAGCAUGUUUGAUAUCCAGGUAAAGAGAAUCCACGAGUACAAGCGUCAAACCCUCAACCUACUCCACGUCAUUACCCUCUACAACCGGAUUAAGAGUAAUCCUAACUUGGAGUUCGUUCCUCGAACUAUUUUCUUCGGCGGCAAGGCAGCUCCAGGAUACCAAACAGCUAAACAGAUAGUAUCACUGAUCUGCCACCUUGCAAAUGUGGUUAACAAUGAUCCAAUCAUCGGAGACAAGCUCAAAGUAGUGUUCCUCGCUAACUACAGGUGCUCUCUAGCAGAGAUUAUAAUGCCAGCAGCCGAUCUUUCGGAGCAGACUAGUUUGGCUGGGACAGAAGCGUCCGGAACAGGAAACAUGAAGUUCAUGUUGAACGGGGCGCUGACUAUAGGAACUCUGGACGGGGCUAAUGUUGAGAUGGCAGAGGAGAUGGGAGAAGAUAAUAUAUUUAUCUUUGGUAUGAAGGUGGACGAGGUGCAACAACUCUGGGAUCAAGGAUAUGAAACACGACGUUACCUAGCCCGUCUGCCGGAGCUGCAGCUGGCACUGUCCCAAAUAAGUACAGGGUACUUUAACCCUGCUGAACCGCACAAGUUCAGGGACUUUGCGGAACAGCUUAUCUCCAAUGACAGGUUCUGUGUGAUAGCGGACUACGAGAGCUACCUGAAAGUCCAGGAGGAAGUUAGUGAGCUCUACAUGGACUGGAUCAAGUGGACUGAGAAAUGUCUUUACAACAUUGCUAGUGCGGGAAAGUUCUCCAGCGAUAGAACCAUCAAGCAGUAUGCUGAUGAGAUAUGGGACAUAAAGCCAGUAGAAGUAGACCUCAACCCUCCUAAAGAAUAGAUAACGUUUUACUUUAUUACUAAGGGCCAGGGGGAGGGCGACUAAAGAACACUACGAAUGAGUGAAUAGUGGUUAAACUGACUUCUCUAGUUCACGUUUUAAUUUAUCACACGAAUAUCCUAAUGAGUAAUGAAGGAGCAAGCUAGGAGGGAGGGUGUCUUUAGUAGUCAGGAGAAGUGUUAAGUUAAUAUGUGAACGGUCCUUAGGGUACUGGUAGAAGAGGGAACCUCUCUGACUUCAUGUAUAUGUUUUAAUGAUUAUAUUUUGUAAAACUUUUGGCAGGAGAGGUUGAGACAUUGGAUUACACCGGAUUAAUACAUUUGUAAACUUAGUAUUGGAUAUGAUUUUGAAAAUUAAUUUAUUAUUAUCGUACAAAUUUGUAGAGAAUUAUAGUUAUACCUAUUAAAAGUAGCAGCAAAUUGCACUAUUUUCAUAAGUUUAUCAUGAUUUACUACUUUACUAGUACUACUACUGUAUUCGUAUUUUUUUGGAAAAUGUACUCAAAUUUUGCAUGAUUAAGUGCAUGAUGUUUUUAUUGUUUGACAUAUGUAGUGUGUUUGAAUGAUUUUAUUGUUAAAAUUGAAUUAACACUUGCUGAAUUUCUUAGAAAAUAAUUCAAUUUUUAAUGAAAACUUAAAUAAGUUUUUUAAUGACAGAUUUAUUACAAAAAUGUUAUCAGUUAUGUCAGGAAAUUUGCUGAUGUUCGAUUUAUUCGAUGCUUCGAUGUUCAUUUCUACAUGUUUAUUGUUUCAUAAUUUAUUCUUCCAUCUUCAAAUUUUCAUAAUUAAAUAUUCGUUUCAAUAUAUUCAUUAGUUUCUGUAAUGAUCAUUUGUGUACUUUAAAUCUAUAAAGUUGAACAA